GAUAUGAGUUACUUGGGUAGGAGAUGGUCCACGUCAUAUUUUUUUAACUUCCACAGUAUUUAUAAAAAUGGCGGAUGUCUGAUUCCAGCAGAAAAGAUGUAAUUAUUAUUUUGUUAUAACGUACCGGUAUAUUGGUUCAUUGUAGAUGAUUAAUAUCUGUUAUUUAAUGUUCAACUAAAUACGAAGAAGCACAACAAAUAGUUUAAGAAUAAGAUACUCUAUGGUAAUGAUACGAUCAAACCAAGUCAUUGCAGAACAGUUGCAGAGCACUUUUACUCAGGUGGCUGUUAAAGGUAAUCAGAUAAGCGACCAGCUGUAUGAUACUGUAUAGAGGAAACAAUUAUCACGGUGGUUGGAUUAUGCUAGUGGUGACGGACUAUACACAUAACCACACGACGGUUCUCAUAGACCGGAGGUUUUGAUAUGGGGAUAACAAGAUAACAUGAAAUGGCGAAAGCGUUUUUAAUCAAGCAAGACAUAUUUUAUAUAGGCUACAGGUGGUUUGAGGCGGUCUAACGGACAGCAGUUUUGGUCUGUUUCCCUUUAUUUUCUUCGAGGAAUUGAGGUAGUCAAAUAUUUAUACCAAGUGCUGAAAGAUAACAAGAGAAGACAGUCCGGAGAAAAGCUGAAAAUGUCGAUUGAAUCUUUCUCCAAUAGAAUUUAUAAAUGUGAUGUUUGUUUUAAAUCAUUUAAAUAUCUUUCGAGAUUAAAUAAACACAUUGUGAUUCACACCAGAGAGAAGCCAUAUGAAUGUGAUGUUUGUGGUAUAUCAUUUAGACAUACAGGAAAUUUGAAACGACACAGUAGAAUUCAUACCGGUGAAAAACUUUUUAAAUGUGAUGUUUGCAGUAAGUCGUGUAAUACUAGCUCUAAUUUGAAGAUACAUAGAAAAAGUCAUAUUGGAUUAAAACCUUUUUCUUGUGAUGUUUGUCAAAAAUCAUUUACCACUAAUAGUCAUCUACAGACACACAUAAAAACCCAUUCUGGAUUAAAACCCUAUUCUUGUGAUGUUUGCAGAAAAUCAUUUACAACCAGCGGUAAUCUACAGAGACACAUGAGAAUUCACACCGGAGAAAGACCCUUUUCGUGUGAUGUCUGUAGUGACACAUUCGUCUCCUACAGUAGUCUACAGCGACACAGCAGAAUCCAUACUGGUGAAAAACCUUUUUCUUGUGAUGUUUGUAAUAAAUGUUUUGUUACAAAUAGUAACCUAUUGGAACACACAAGAAUUCACACGGGGGAAAAACCCUAUUCUUGUGAUUUUUGCUGUAAAUGUUUUAGCACUAGUGGUGGUCUACAUCGACACACUAGACUUCAUACAGGAGAUAAACCCUUUUCUUGUGAUGUUUGUAGUAAAUCAUUUGCACAUAGAAACAGUCUGCGGGCACACAUGAACAGCAGAGCACACAGCACGUCAGUGGUUCCAAAUCUUUUGUUGGUUGCGACCCCAUUCCAGAAACCGGCAUCUGAUCCUGACCCCUUGAAGAACAAUGUUUUCCCUGUAAAUCAUCCACAUCCUGAUAAAGAUAGAGUGAGAAUCCCCUAAAACUAGUUUCGCUUUUCAGAUAAAAAUGUUGUAAUCGAUCUGAUUAAAGUACCGAGCCCUGAUUCAUGAAAUUUUAACUUAAGAUAAAAUCCAAAUUUUAGUAGAUACCUCAACUUUGAUUGGCUAAGCACUAAAAUCAAUCUAAUAUUAUCCAAUCAAAUUACUAAUAUUUGGAUUUAUCUCAGUUAAGUUUUCGUGAAUAAGGGCCCAGAUCUAUAUUUUGUUUCGUUUUUUUAUACUUUCGAUGGCCUACACCAAUGACAUCUAUACUACAUGAAGAUCUGAAAAGUUGUACUCGAAGGUUGUGUCAGGGGUCGUAUGAGCGGCUUUUGACCCUAUGACGUCAGCGUUGAUGUUUCUAGUGGUUUACCCACACUUCCGUGCAUUGGGUAAUCCCUCACUUCAACCAAAACGCCGGUAAUAUAUAACAAUUCUUCCAGAUUCUAGUGUAGUAAAGACAAGUAAAACAAAAUUUUAAAUUAUAAAAAAAGAAACGAAAUAGAAUCUGUGUUGUAAUCAGAUUAUGUUGUAGUGAGAGACUGAGAGGGCGUGAGAGAGGAAAGGCGAUGUGGCUAGAGGUGUUUAAAUCUCGAAAACAAAACAGUUUUUCAAAGUACAUGUAUUUAUACUCUAGAAAUAGGGAGAGGUUAUUUCAGAUAAAUCCCACUUACUCAAUGGUUAGAUCAACAAUUUUCAAAGUAAUGAUAUUCUUUAAUUAAUUUAAUUCCACUUUAAUUAAAAAUUGGGUCAACAAUGUUUAAGUAAGCAAACUGAAACUGAUAUACAUUUUAGUUUGGGUGUGUUAGGUUGUCACUCCGUCAACAAUUGGCUUUUGCACGUGAUAUAGGCUAGACUUUUUCUUGGAUCCUUUAAAGUUGGUGUGAAGAUUUGUGGUCACCAGAGGACACCACUUAUUUCCCCACCAGCCCCUUAAAAACCCCGAAUAUAAAUAGAUUAUGACAUCUUUACAUCUUAGUACUUAUAAUCCGGAAAUAGAUAGAGGUUGUUACAGACCAAUCUCCCCUAGGUCAACAAUGUUCAAAUAAAAUUGAAACAAAAGAACAGUUUUUGUUACAGUGUGUAUUACCAAUAUCCAGUUGUCCAUUCUUAACCUGGCAUUCCACUUUCCCUUGUAUCCAUUCUUAACCUGGCAUUCAACUUACCCAUGUAUCCAUUCUUAACCUGGCAUUCCACUUUCCCAUGUAUCCAUUCUUAACCUGGCAUUCCACUUUCCCUUGUAUCUAUUCUUACCCUGGCAUUCCACUUUCCCAUGUAUCCAUUCUUAACCUGGCAUUCCACUUUCCCUUGUAUCUAUUCUUACCCUGGCAUUCCACUUUCCCAUGUAUCCAUUCUUAACCUAGUAUUCCACUUUCUCUUGUAUCUAUUCUUGCCCUGGCAUUCCACUUUCCCUUGUAUCUAUUCUUACCCUGGCAUUCCACUUUCCCAUGUAUCCAUUCUUAUCCUGGCAUUCCACUUUACCUUGUAUCUAUUCUUGCCCUGGCAUUUAAUUUCCCAUGUAUCCAUUCUUAAGCUGGCAUUUCACUUUCCCUUGUAUCUAUCUUUGAUACAAUGAAUGAAUGAAAUGUUGUUUAAUGGCACGUCAGCUCCAACCGGGCUAUAUUGCACCAAACAUAUGGUGAAUAUUACGAGACAGGCUAAAUUAUAUCACAGAAAAACAUUAUAUGCAUACAUAAAAACAAUAUCACAGUUACUAAAAUUAAAAAUAAAAUACAACUUUUACGCAUAUAAAUAUUAAAAACAAAAAUGAAAUGAUAUAUACAAUUAAAAUUUAUGAUAAAAUCCUGUCUCUUUUAAAAAGUCUAAUGCUUUACCAUAUAAACCCAGUUGGGCAAACAUGUGAUGUAAUGACUGACAACAGUAAUAAUUUGAUCUAAUAUUCUUGAGAUGCCUGCACUCAAUCAGAAUGUGCUUAACUGUCAAAGGAACAUGACAGUGUUCACAUUCUGGUUGAGGCUUUCGCUUCAAGAUGAAAAUGUGGGUUAAAGUAUGACCUAUGCGAGAGCGACACAAAACAACCUCCUCCCCCCUGCUAGUUCUAUAGGAGCUUGGCCAGUCUCCUAAGAGAGGCUUUACGUGAUGAAGUCUUUGAUACAACUCAUGUUAUAGACAAAUUACAAAAUUUUAACCCUUGUAUAUUUAAUGAUUAACACAUAAUGUAUAUUUAAUGAUUAACACAUAAUAUAUCUUUAAUGAUUAACACAUUAUAUAUCUUUAAUGAUUAACACAUAAUGUAUCUUUAAUGAUUAACACAUAAUGUAUCUUUAAUGAUUAACACAUAAUAUAUCUUUAAUGAUUAACGCAUAAUGUAUCUUUAAUGAUUAACACACAAAGGAUCUUUAGUGAU